CUCUUUUAUUAUUAUUUUUCUCUCUCUCUCUCUCUUCAUGGUGUAGGUUGAAAACUUUGAACCAAUCAAACCUUGAGUGCGUUUCUCACAUGCUCACAUUAUGUAAGUUCAUCUUGCUGCCUUUUUGUCAGGUAAGUUUGAGCAACUCGAGGAGCGUAAGCGACGCCCAAAUAGGGAGCUGAGUGAGAAUUUGCUCCUUUGAUGGAAAAGCAUCAAAUCUGCUAUAACAUGUUUAUCUCUUUGAAAUAUGAAUUCGUACUUGUUGUUCUACUUUUUUUUGUUUUUCCAAAAUUUGACGAAUAUUGUGAAAAGUUCUAUUUGUGAAGAUAAUCAUCUUACUCAUUGUUCUCAUCAUCAUCAUCACCCUCAUCAUCCUCAUCACCCUAUCAUCACCUUAGUACCACCACCACAAUCAACAGCAACAACAACAACAACAACAAUAACAUCAACACUAGAAUCAUUAUCAUCACAAACAACAUAAUAACAGCAAGAGAAACAACAACAACAACAACAAUAGCAAAUAUCAACAAUCAUCUUAAUUGUUUCAACACUUUAAAAGUUUUAAUUGUGAUUUUAUUUUUUCAAUUUGCAUCACUUUUUAUCGGAUAUGUCGGCCAAGCGUAAAAGCUUACCAACCAAAAUAUCAAAAAGCUCAUCGGAUUUCAUGGAAGUUCAACAUGGAGGAAUUUCAAAUGCUCAUCAAAAAAUCAGAUUCAUUUUCAAGGAUGAUGAUAUUAGACAACUAGAGCAACUUGUAACUGAGAAACGGCAACAACUUCAUGAUCUCGAGUCAAGUAUGGAAGUGCUCAAGGAACGAUCAUCAGCGACUCAACCCUUAGUGUUUUUCCCCUAUUUCGAUGGGCGAGGUUACCAAGGAUUCCCAGGAACCACAUCGACCUCUGGCCUGGUAAAUUCAUCACCCUCACCUUCACCUCUUUCAACCACCACAACAAUAACACCAACAACAAUGAUUGGUGAUUCUCAGAACAACCAACAAAGUGGUUUAUCACCAUCAUCAUUUCAUGGUCAUCACAAUCAUAACUCUCAUCAUCAUCAUUCAAAAUCAACCACAGCCACAUCAUCAUCAUCAUCACCAUCACCAUCAUCAACAACCACAACAACACCAACAACAACAACAACAACAACCUCAACAACUCUAAUCACACCAACAUCUCUUGGUUCAUCUUCAUCACCUUCAGCAACAACAACAACAACAACAACAACAGCGAUUACCGGAACAAUAUUAACAUCUUUAUCACCUUCAUCUUCAUCACCUUCAUCUCCAUCACCAGUGACAUCAAUACUUUCCUCAUUAUCUUCAUCAGCCUCAUCAAAUAGCACAAAUCAUCAUCAUCAUCAUCAUCAUCUUCAAUCCCAUCCAACUCAUUCAAUUGAUUCCUCUUCAAGUCCAAACUCCCACCCCAAUAGCCGAUCCACCUUACCUUUAACGGCCAAUGGUUUGACCAUAUUAACAUCAACAAGCCCAACAAAUAAUCACAAUAAUAAUAAUAAUAAUCAUUCAAGAUCAAGUCCAAUGAACAAAAUAAUAACAAAAAAUGAAUCAAACUCUUCUGGUGCAAAUGAAAGUGUUAAUAACAAUGUGAUUAACAGUUUGACCAAUGGUGUUGGUAGUAUUUCUGGUAUUAAUAUAACUUUACACAAUGUCAACAACAUCGGUUUGACUGGAUCAUCUUUAUCAUCUUCCUCUUCUUCCUCUUCCUCAUCUUCAUCUUCCUCAUCCACCGGAAGUAUACUCAAUGGUACCAAUGGACCUUUAAAUAUGAAAAGAUCAUCUAAUUCAGAUAAUAGUCGACCAAAUAGUUUAACAGUUAAUUGUGAUCAACGUUUUUCAUCACCUAAAUUAGAUGAAAUUAGCAAUAGUUUUAGCAAUAGUGAUGACGAUGACGAUGGACCUUUGAAUCUGAGUAAACCAAAAUCUGAUGAUAAACCAAGUUUUAGAAAAUCUUACCUUGGAUCAGGUUCACGUUCACCUCCAAAUGCUUCACAUUCAUCAUUAGGAGCUGCAUCAAGUCCACCCUUCGCAUCAACUGUCGCAGCCAUAAGCACCUCUUCAUCUAAUGUACAUAAUUUUAAUCACACUCUUACUACUCAGGAACAGGGUGGUAACGGUGGUGGUUCAAUGCCAAAAUCUUUAUCGGUGCCAAGUUCACUGUUAUCAGGUAAAUCACCGUUAGCUGGAUUACCGAAUGGCUUAAACCCUUGGUCAGUUGGACCUUUAAUGUCCAAUUUUGGUCUUUACGGAUCUAUUCCAUUUAAUCCGUAUCGCAGUCAUGGAUCAUCUGGAUCAUCAUCAUCGGCUCAUGGAAAUGGUUCAACGGUAACCGGAAAUAAUGGUUCAUCAAUCAUUGGUAACAAUGGUAAUGGAUCAAAUUCUGGGCAAAAUAUUGGUGUUAAUUCACAAGAUCAUUCUCCCAUGUCUACCUGUGACAAACCAUUUCCAUUUGGUAUGUUCCCAAGUGGACUUGAUCAUGCUACAGCGGCUGCAGCGGCAGUUGCAGCGGCAGCCGCUGCCGCAGCGUCAACUAGGUCACCAGGACCAAGUGGUAAUGGUAAUUGUAAUGUUAAUAGCGGUACAAAUAAUGGAAAUAAUUGUAACGCUAAUAGUGGUUCUAAUAAUGGAAACAAUGGUAACACGGGAGGAGAAGGUGGAGGAAAUGGAGGCGGAUCAACAGGGCAACAGGGUGCCAAGAUAAUUCGACAAACCAAAAAAGAAUCUGAAGGUAAACCUCAUAUUAAAAGGCCAAUGAACGCAUUCAUGGUUUGGGCGAAGGACGAAAGAAGAAAAAUUCUCAAAGCUUGUCCGGAUAUGCACAAUUCCAAUAUAUCUAAAAUUCUGGGUGCUCGAUGGAAAGCAAUGCCAAACGCUGAAAAGCAACGUUAUUACGAGGAACAGUCUCGAUUGAGUAAACAGCACAUGGAAAAGUAUCCAGAUUACCGAUAUAGACCUCGACCUAAACGAACCUGUAUAGUCGAUGGUAAGAAAUUGAAGAUCAGUGAAUAUAAACAACUAAUGAGGCAAAAACGGGAAGAAAUGCGAAAUUUAUGUGGAGGCAAUAGUGGAGCAUUUCCUUCUGGUUCAUCUCGAUCUCCAUCAGGCUUUAUUCAACCUGGUUUCCCGGAUAUUAGCUCAGGUGAUGAGGAUGCUGAUGAUGAUAUUACAGAAGAUGAUUAUUCAAAUGCCAUGGAAACAUCACCGAAAGCAUCUUCAGGAGAGGAGAUGUCACCUUGUCAAACACGUUAAUUUAUAUAUAUAUAAAUAUACAAUUCGUAAUAUAUAAUAUAUAUUAUUAGAACAAGGAAAAAAAAAUAUUCAACAAGAAUCACAAUCACAAUUCAAUCUUCAUGUUUCCUCAAUCCUUUUUUUUCUUGUUUCAUCUCUUUGAUCAGCUGUUGUUAUUUUAAAUCUCUUUUUUUUAAUUAAUAUCAUUAAUUUGUCAUCAUAAUUAUAUUAUAAAAAUUAUAAUAGAAAAACAAAGUGAUUACCUGUGGUAUGUUUGUCUCUCUCUCUCACUCUCUCACUCUAUCUUCCGAUAUUCAAUUUUCAUUCAUUGAAACUUUUCAUUGAGAAAUCGCAACAAACUUUUUCCUUUUUUUUGUUCUUCCUCUUGUAAAACUCAUCAGAUCGAUUUCCAAUUUCAUCGUAUUCUCAUUAAAUUUCAUUCAUUAAUCUUUAUUUCUCACAUAGAAAACAAGGAGAAACAUUGAAAUCAUUAAAUUAUCAUCAUGUUUUUAUUAGCAUUAUCAAUACACAAACAGGCACACAAACACAAAGUUAUCACUCUCAGAAUAACAAUAACUAUUAUUAUCAUAUUAUUAUUAUUAUUAAAUUGCUAUUUAGAAUUGCUAUUAGAAACAAUCAAACAAAACUCUGAAUAUCAUGAAAUGUUAUUCAACACAACUCUCUGUCUCUCUCUUUGCUUAAUUAGUUAAUAUGUGUAUAAAUAUUACUCACGAUUAAUAUCUGUUUCAACUCAGCUGAUUAACUGAUUGAAUGUUUGUUAAAUAACAUGAUGAUAACAAGUCACCUUCCCGCCUUUUCCAUGUUAAAAAAAUAAAUUCUGAGAAUCUGAGCCCACUCAAAAUAUCCUCGUUUUCUAAUCAGGCUUAUGUUGAUUCUGAGGAAAAGAAUAAUAAAAAAAAAUUCUUUCCAUCGAAUCGAGUUUCUUUCGAGUCUUAAAAUGUUACAUUGUAGUUAAUUCAUUCCCAUUCUUUUCUCAUCCUCAUCAAAUCAUCUUCAUCUUCAUCUUUCAUCAUCAUCAUCUCUCUUUCUUUCUCUCUUCCAUUUAUCUAUUUCUCUUUCUCUUCAAGUCACUUUCUCUCUCUCUCUCUCUCUCAUCAUAAUAAUAACCAUAAAACGCUAACAAUACACAUAAAAAAAUCUCGAAAACACCGAGAGAGUAACAAGAAACACUCACGAACAACACACAUCAUCUUAUGUAAAUAUUUUCGAUUUUCUAUAAAAAUAGACUUGUAAACAUUAAACGAACCUUGUAUUUGACAA